AAUGAGAUUGGAAAUGGGUUAUGAUCUAAGUAGUAAAUCAGAAUGGUUCAGAUUACCCCCAAAUUGUAGGUUCCCCUAUCGUUUAAGUUUGAUCCGAUGGGAAAAGCCGACAUGAAAAUAAUUCAAGUUUGCUCCAGAAAAUGAGACUUCAAGAUAAUAAUGUUAAAUAUGGAUUUUUUAAAAAGUAAUUACUGGAAAAAUUUUUGUGUGGUUGCAAAACGCCAAUUAUAUCUUAUCUUUUUAGACCAUCUUUCAACUAACUAUGUUCUCAAGCCACCAGCUCCUCACUCAGUUGAAGCCUCCUAAAAUGGCUUCCAAUUUUCUCAAGCUUACUCUUCAAACCUCCAAAAGCGAGACUCCAUUCCCUCCCCAUCCGUACAAUCAUCUUUCCCAUCUCUCUUUCAUCAACCCAAAUGCCUCCUACAAGCACAAGAUUCACUCUCUAUCAAUAUACUCCUCUCUUUCCUCACCUACACCUCCCUCGUCCAAAGAAGAUGCCAUUCUUCAAGCCAAAACAUGCCUUUCCACCUGUUUAGAGAAGCCUCUCAACAAUCCCAAGCUAGCAGGCAAGCUCAAGAAGCUAAAACAACCCAGGUUUCAAGUUGAAAUCCCACUCAUUGAUGACUCACCAUCUUCUCUUAUUCAAUUAGUUCUUGAUAUCUUUAAAGAUAUGUCCAUCAAAAGGAAAGGUUCUUUGGUUGAGAUUUUAGCUCUUUGGCCUAAUGUUAGCUUAAAAGAAGCUGGAAUUCAAGCAUUUGAAUCAUGUUCAUUGAGCCAUGUUGAUCAUAUUGACUUACCUUCUGUUAACAGAAACAACAGAGUUUUGAGUUCUGCUGAUGUAGCAGUUUUUUUGGCACCAGAGCCAUCUCAGCUUGCUGCUAUAAAAACAAUAGCUGACAGUUUGUAUCCAAAGCCAUUGGUGAUUUUCAAUCCUAAAUGGGGUUCUGAGGAAGAGAGUGGUUUUGGUUAUUUGAAGGGAUUUGUAGGAUCUGUUGAUGUGAUUUAUUCAUUUAUGGGGUUAGAGGUUAGGGGUGUUUUGAGUAAAAGGAAAGGAAUGGUUUUCAAGUGUGUGAGAAAUGGGGUUUUGAGUGGAGAACAAUGGGCAGUUUUUGUUGAAGAAAAUGGUGAAUUGAAGGUAGUUUCAAGGUUCAAGUCGCGGCCAGGCAUUGAGGAAGUUGAGAAUGUGUUGUACAAUUUGAUGGCUAUCAAUUCACCUAUUACAAAAUCUGCCAAGUUCUUGAGAGAUUUGGUGUCUAAUGUUACUGGAAAGAAGUAAUUGUUGUUGGAUUUUGAAGUUCGAUCUAUCAUGAUCUUUCCCCUCAUGAUUGAGUAGUUUUACAGGCUAUCUGUUGAAAAUUUUCCGAUGCAUCAAUUGCAUUCUGAUUGACCACUACUUGUAUUGAACGUGUGCUUCUCUGAAUUUGACUUUCUUGUACUUUUCUACAGUCAUUGAGACUGAUAUUUUGUGUGUUCUGGUAUGAGAAUUUUCCUAUAACAGCAACUCCCUUGUUGGAUAUGGAGGAUUGCUGAAUGCUGUCAGAAAUGGACUGGGGAGAAACAUGAAAGAAGGAUUGGGAAUAUAGACAAUAAACUUCUUAUUGCCAAAUAGCAAUGAAAAAUUGCACAUGUCUAAUGUUGUUUGGUUAUUUUCCUUUGUCCUUUUGUGUGAAAACAAAAAAUGUCAAAUGGACAUAUCAAGCAGUUGAACUUGCCUUAUUGCUCAAAAAGUCGGCAACCUAUUGAACUUGUUGGUGUUAAUGGUUGAAUCCUUUGAAUUUGAUGUUAUAGCUCACUAGCCACUUCUGUUACCAUCAUUACCUUAAGGAAACACUGGAUUACCAUAAAUGUAUGAAUGCAUCUUUGCUUGAUCAAUUGAUACUGUUAGUUAAUGUGCAUUACAGGUUUUGCAGUUGCCCUGUGGAAUUUCUGAAAGAAGGUUAAUCAUUAGUAAAGUACACUUAAGCAUUGAAACUUUGGCUCUCUUUGACACAAUCUUAGAUGUUUUC